GUCAAAAAAGUGUCAAAAGGGGGAAAAGCCAGAGAGACAAAAGAGGAAAAAAAUAAAUAUAAUUUCUCAAGGAAGAGAAGAAGAGAUUUUAUUUCUGUAGUUGGUGUUUUUUUUUUCAUUUUAUCAGUUUUUUCUUCCUUCCAAAUCCCUCAGAUUAUUUUUUUUUGUUUGUUUGUGUGAGUGGGAAGACAGAAGAGUUUUUGAAGGAGGCGGGGGAGGAAAAGGAAACAUUUUUUUCAUUUGUUCCAAAAGAGACAGAAAAUUCUCUUUUUCUCUUUGGCCUCGUCAGAGUGUGGGAGCAAGAGGGAAGAACUUGAGUGUGUUUUUUUUCUUUGGAAUUUGGGGGUAUUUGCACAAAAGGGGGCGCCACUUUGUGACAGUUGAAGUUCUCUUGACGGAUCGAUUUGUGUUUUGGAUCCGAGGAUAAAAACAAGAAGAAAAGCAACAGAAUUGAAAGAAAAAGAGACAAAGAAAAAAGAACUAAAUGUAUUGCUGAGGUUUUUCCAUUUUGCUGUGGACGCAUUGAGGGCCCAACAAGACAAGGGGGAGGAACAAAAAGAAAAGCUCUCGAGAGAAGACAGGGAAAAAAGAGCAGAAGGAGAAAUGGGAAAUUGUCUGAAGAGGUCAACGCAGGAUGACAUUUCGUUGCUGAGGGGCAGCAAUGAGGGCAACAGAGAACUCACGGAUCAACUGGGACCAGUUUCACUCUAUUCGGAGAUCCUGCAGCCGGUCUUCUACCCUUCACCAAGUGUCAGUCGUCCUGCGACGCAUCUCACAGAAGAGGAACAGGUGAAGAUAGCUAAGCGAAUUGGAUUGAUACAGCACUUACCAAUUGGGGCGUACGAUGGGUGCAAAAAGGCUCGAGAAUGUGUCAUUUGCAUGGCUGAAUUCAGUGUUGGUGAUUCCGUACGCUACCUGCCCUGCAUGCACACCUACCACGUGGCCUGCAUCGAUGAUUGGCUCAUGCGCAGCCUCACCUGUCCCUCGUGCAUGGAACCUGUCGAUGCAGCACUGCUCACCAGUUACGAAACCUCCUAAAAACAAACAAAAAAAAACAUUUUAAAAAAAAGAAACAGCGCCCCCAGCGACAGAGAGACAGCAAACAGAUAAAUGACGUCCCGAAACCGUAAAUUCUUUAAAGUGAGAUAAAAUGGCGGCGCGCGGAAGACUGUGAUCCCCGUAGACAACUACAUCUGACGGAUGUGUCUAACUUUGUAUGAUAAAUUCGAAGCAAGAGAGAGAGAGAGCGAGAGAGAGAAAGAGCGAAAGUUAUAAUGGUGAUUAUUGAGGAUAUUUAAUGUUACAGUGGAUGUAUAAUAAAAAAAAAACACAAGAAAA